AUGAAGACCUCAACAUUCUUCGCUGUCUCACUCCUGUCCCUCUCAUCCACAGUUCUCUCAGCUCCUACACCACAGGUCAAGAACAUCCUUGGAUCGAUCACAAAUCCCUCUGCAGGUAACAACAACGUCUUCGAGGGCAACGGUAACCAGAAUGGAAACGGCAAUGGCAACGACAACUCUGCUGGCAACAACAAUGGCAACGGCAACGUCGCAGGCAGCGGCAACUCGGCAGGAAAUGGAAACACAGUUACCUUCCCCUCCAUCCUGAAGGACCGUGACCUCGGCUCCAGCCUCUCCAACAUCGUCGGCUCCAUCACCAACCCCAGCGCGGGCAACAACAACGUCUUCAAAGACAACGGCAAUGGCAACGGAAACAAGAAUGGCAACAGCAACUCAGCCGGCAAUAACAAUGGCAACUCCAACACGGCUGGCUCCGGAAACUCCGCCGGCAACUCCAACACAGUUAACUUCAAAGAGCGCGACCUCGCCGGCCCGCUGUCAGGAAUCACCGACGCCCUGGGCUCCGUCACCAACACCCUAGGCUCCAUCACCAACCCGACUGCAGGCAGUGGGAACAGCUUCCUGGGCAAUGGCAACGGGAAUGGAAAUGGCAAUGGCAACGGCAACUCCGCAGGAAACGGAAAUGGGAAUGGAAACGUAGCUGGCAGCAACAACCAGGCGGGCAACGGAAACACAGUCAACGUGAGUCCCAAUGUGAGCCCUAGCAUUGCUUUGCCAGAUAUUGCGCUGCCAGAUGUCACACUGCCAGAUGUCACACUGCCCAACAUCAGCUUGUGA